UGUAACAAAAGUCUCCAUAAGCUCUAUAAUCGAAUUCAAGUUAUUUGGUCUUUCACUAAGAAUAUAGAGAUGAAUUUUGGAUCUUUGGAGUCAUGUCUUCCGAGGGCCAGAAUUUUGUUAUGGAAAGACCUGAGUUACAGUGAUGCAGAAGAAAUCAGCAAGACAGAAUCCAUACCAGAGAUUUCAAGAGUUUUGUGCCAGGCCUUACACCUUGAUGCUCCUGAGCCCCAGAAGGAGAUUCUGCUUGAUCUGUACACAAACCUAGUGCUGUUCUGUAAGCAGCAAACGCUCAGUAAAGAGCAAACAUCUGUUCUUCUGUCCAUCGUAAAGAACAUGCAUCAGCUUAACACAGAAACUCCCGUCAACAACAUGGACCAGUGUUUUACAUACUGCACUGAGCUUCUGCUUUGUCAUUCUGUCAGAAGACCCCCAUUCAGUAUCGAUCUAUUCAAUUCAGAGCAACUGACUGAAAUUAUGAAAUAUCUCAUCAACACAUAUAUGAGACACUACAUGCUUUACAAGUAUGUAUUUACACCUCAGAUGUAUUUGGAUUUAUCUUUAUCUUAUACUGGAAUGCCUGAGGAGCUCACGACAGAACAGCUGGAAACCUCUGAAACAGUGAACGAAACUGAAAAUAAAGCAGAUGGUGCGAGUGAGCAAGAUGGAGUAAGUGAGCAAGAGAUGGUUUCUAGUAUCCUGCUAGAGACAGAGGCAUCUAAACAAGAUCUAUAACAAAAGGACAAGCUGAGAACAAUGGUACAAAAGGAAGUAAAGGAGGAAGUGUUUUAUCUUGAAAAACACUUGCAGGAAACGACUGUUCAGCUGAACUCUGCGCUCAAUUCACUGGAGACUAGACUACAGCCUAAAAGUAAUCACAUAUUUUUGUCCCUGUAAAAUAAUAAUAAUAUACAAAUGAACAUUUCUAGCUGUUACUGGAGCUUAUGCUGGAAACCAUAUCUACAAAUGAUUAUUUGUUUCUAUUCUUAGGACAUAUAUAUUUGCAAAGAUAUCAGCUAUAUAUUCUUAUGUUCUUUCUUUAAAAAAAACCCCAAAACUUAGAAAAUAGAGCAUUUUUAAACAAACACUCUUUCCAGUGUUAAAAUGUAAGGA